AUGGCAUUCAAGUACGUCCUUCUCUCGCUCUGCGCUCUCCUCAGCGCUGCCAACGCUGGUCUCCUGGCUCCUGCCACCUAUGUGGCUUCACCAGUGGUUGCCAAGCUGGCUCAGCCACAUUACGAUGCCGUGGGCACCACCCAGCAGAACGUGGUUCGCUCCUUCGGCGGCACUGUGUCCACCUACUCCAAGAACGUGGUCACUCCUUACUCCAGUGUCAGCAAGAUCGAUUCCCGCAUCACCAACAACGUCUACACACCCAAGACUGUCUACAGCGCCCCUGCCGCUGUGGUGACCAAGUCCGUCUACGCUGCUGCUGCCCCAGCUCCAGUUGCCUAUGCUGCUCCUGCUGUUCACUAUGCUGCCCCAGCUCCAGUUGUUGCUAAGACCGUCUAUGCUGCUCCUGCUCCAGUUGUGGCCAAGACUGUCUAUGCUGCUCCUGCUCCAGUGGUCGCUGCUCCCGUGAUUGCUAAGACCUAUGCCGCCCCAGCUGUCUACUCUGCUCCAGUUGCUGCUCCCGUAAUCGCCAAGACUUAUGCUGCUCCUGCCGUCUACUCUGCUCCAGUUGCUGCUCCAGCUGCCUUCGUCAAGUUUUCGCCCGCUAUCGGCGCUGCUCACGUUAGCUUCGAUGGAUUCGGCUCUCACUGGGGAUACUAAACAGCCAAGCUGUUCUCUUUCCCUUCGAACUUUGUUACAACUGUUGAUUUUUUAGACGAGAAAUAAAAUAAUC